CCGGAAGUGAAGUCUGCCGCUUGUCCUCUGCUUCCGCGGGGUCCUGGCGGGUAGCGGUGGCCGAGUGGGUCACAGGACUAGUGGCGAGGCUUUAUGAUGCAUUAUAGCAGCAUCCUGAGUCUGAAAGUGUCUAUAUAUGUGGAUCCCAGAAUUUUCUGAGAGAUGGAGGAGCCUCAGAAAAAUGACGUGAGCAUAAGAGAGCAAGAAGAAGAUGAUCCUGUCAGAAGCAGUGGUCCUCAGAUUUCUGUGAGUGAGUUCUCCUGCCACUGCUGUUACGACACCCUGGUUGACCCCACUACCCUGAACUGCGGCCACAGCUUCUGCCGACAUUGCCUAGCGUUAUGGUGGAUGUCUUCAAAGAAGACGGAGUGUCCGGAAUGCAGAGAAAAAUGGGAAGGUUUUCCCAAAGUCAACAUUCUCCUCAGGGAUGCCAUUGAAAAGUUAUUUCCUGAUGCGAUUAGAAUGCGAGUUGAAGACAUUCAGCAGAAUAAUGAUGUAGUCCAAAGUCUUGCAGCCUUUCAGAAAUAUGGGAAUGAUCAGAGUCCUCUAGCUCCCAGCACAGGGCGAGUGAACCAGCCAAGAGGAGGGGGAUUCUUCUCCGGCGUGCUCACAGCUUUAACUGGUGUGGCAGUCAUUCUGCUUGUGUAUCACUGGCGCAGCAGAGAAUCUGAGCAUGGUCUCCUGGUGCACAAGGCUGUAGACAAAUGGACGACGGAAGAAGUUGUCCUCUGGUUAGAACAGCUAGGCCCUUGGGCCUCCCUGUACAGAGACAGGUUCUUAUCUGAAAGAGUAAAUGGAAGGUUGCUUUUAACUUUGACAGAAGAAGAAUUUUCUGGGGCACCUUAUACCAUAGAAAACAGUAGCCACAGAAGAGCCAUCCUCAUGGAGCUUGAGCGUGUGAGAGCCCUGGGUGUGAAGCCACCACAGAACCUCUGGGAAUACAAGGCUGUCAACCCAGGCAGGUCCCUGUUCUUGCUCUAUGCCCUCAAGAGCUCACCAAGACUUGGCUUGCUAUACCUGUACCUGUUUGACUACAGAGACUCCUUCCUACCCUUCAUCCAUACCAUCUGCCCUCUUCAGGAAAACAGCCCUGGCGAGGACAUCUUCACCAGGCUUCUGGACCUGAGGGAGCCUACAUGGAAGCAGUGGAGAGAAUUCCUUGUCAAGUACUCCUUUCUCCCGUACCAGCUGAUUGCAGAAUUUGCCUGGGACUGGCUGGAGGUCCACUACUGGACGUCCCGCUUCCUCAUCGUCAAUGCCAUGCUGCUGUCUGUUCUGGAGUUGUUCUCUUUUUGGAGGAUCUGGUCAAGAAGCGAGCUGAAGACAGUGCCCCAGAGGAUGUGGAACCACUUUUGGAAAGUAUCGACGCAGGGGCUUUUCAUGGCCAUGUUCUGGCCGCUCAUUCCUCAGUUUGUCUGCAACUGUUUAUUUUACUGGGCUCUGUACUUCAACCCAAUUAUUAACAUUGAUCUGGUGGUCAAGGAAGUUCGACGGCUGGAAACUCAGGUGUUCUGAUCGGCAGCAAGGCCCGAGAGAGCCCGUGAAUCUACCUGACAUCCAAACUGUGACACGCAACAAGACAGGGGACUCGUUUCUACCCCUAGUCAUGCAAGGUGCUGCUGCCUCUGCGUGUCAAGGCUUCAGCCAGGCCCCUCUGCCUCUUGUCUCUGGCCCCAUGCCAACUGACUGCUACCCAGGUCAGGCUGGACUCUGUGGUCAGCACCCAGCCAGUCUUCCCACAGGGACUUGAGAGGCUCAGGCUACUAUGGCCAACAGAAGUGAAAGUCUUGGGCAUAAUUUGGGGUGACAUGCUGUUAAAAGGCCAAUAUAGGCUGCGAGUGGUAGUGCACUUCUUGAGUCUGAGCACUUGGAAAACAGAGACAGGUGGAUUUUUGAGUUCAAGACCAGAGUGGUCUACAGAGUGAGUUCUAAGACAGCCAGGGCU